AUUGCAAUGCAGCAAAUGGCGAGAUUGUGGUCAGCUGGCUGGAGCAUUGCCAUUAAUGUCAGCUGGAAAUGCCGCAUCUUUGUUUGUCAAUAUGGCAGCAAAACAUCACUCUCUGCUGGGGUCCUCUCCUUGCAGCAGGUUUCAAAGGGACCUCUGUCGUUCAGAGGAAGCUGUUCAGCGCUUGCCAAGCUGCUUAAGCUUGUCCCAGGCCUUAGAGAAUCGAAGUAACCUGCUGAUACCAAAACCAUGUCAGCAUUCUGCUGCCGCCAGCUUCAAACAGCUCAAGAAUGGCCCCUGCGUACUCAAAAAAUGGCCUAAUGGAAACUUUCAUCAAGUGCUGUUGCGAAAACUUUGUAAAAGGAGGUUCAAAGUUACAACCGCGAGGGCCGGGGGGGAUGAAGACCGGCCACCGUCAAGUAGCGACGACGAGCUUGCGAGCCAGUUUGCUAGGUUUGUCAAUGAAUCAAUGCAGGCUGUUGCAUCACCAGUCCGGAGGCCCACUGCUCUUCUGCCGCCCACCGCAGUCAUCCGCGCCCAGAUGGAAGCUCUCCAGCGGAACGACUAUCCAGAAGUGAACGCCGGCAUCAAGGUUGCUUUCGACUUUGCAAAGCCCCAGGGGGUGGAAGAGUUUACGAUGGGAAAGGGGCAGCCCGUGGUGAAGGCGUGCCGGACCUGGGAGGCCAGCGAGCGCUACCUGAGUAUGGACGGCUUUGAGCUGAUGCUAAGACAGCCCAUGUACAGCGCACUAAUAAACUGCACCAGCUGGGAGAUCAGCUCUGCUCUAAAGUUCCAUGGCCGAGGCGAUAACCGGGCAGUGCAAGCAGUCAAAGUGACGGCGCCAGUGGAGGCCGCGGGGAAAGAACCGAGCGCGAGAACGUACUCCUACACCUUCUGUAUGGAACGGAUAGAAACGGGCGCAUACAAGGGCUGCUGGCUAACGGUGGGCCUACGGCUGGGGGACUACACCGUCGAACCUCCAAACGAGUCACGAGAAGUGACGUGACCGACACCUUUCGUUUUCGAUUCAGGAUGAAGCUGCUUUUGCGCGCUGUCUGUAUUAUCAAAGCUGCCCAAUCAUGCAGUCGGACCUCCCUCUGCGUCGUCGCCCAGCGCUUGAGUUUACCGGGUGGCCAGGCACUGACUUGCCCCAAUUGUCUGUCAUUACCGACGGGGCUGCACAGCCGAGGGUGGAUAAACACACAUGCUAAUCUGGUCCGGGCACCCGGCCACUCAUUGUGUCUGCUGCCGCCAGAGCUGUCAUAUAGGGCAAAUGAUCGUCGCUU